AUGUUCGGCCGAUCCCUCAUCACUCUCCUCGCUGCCAGUGCUGCUCAGCUCGCUAUCGCUCUCCCCUUGGAAGCCCGGGCAAACUCUGGCAACUCGAGUUUCCUCCCGACCGACAUUGGCUUGAACAUCACCUACUCUGGACCUCACAAUGCAUCGCUCCCCAACGUUGCCAUCUUUGCUACCGGAGGGACCAUCGCCGGGUCUUCCUCCAGUGAGCUUGACACCACUUCGUACACGGCCGGUGUCGUCGGCAUCGCCGCCCUGAUCGAGGCCGUUCCCCAGCUCUUGGACGUCGCCAACGUCCAGGGAUCCCAGAUCAUCAACAUCGCUUCGGAAUCCCUCAACUCGACCAUCGUCUUGCAGAUCGCCAAGUUUGCCAAUGCCGUCUUGUGUGCCGAGGGAUCGACCACCGAUGGGCUCGUCAUCACCCACGGAACCGACACUCUCGAGGAGACCGCGUUCUUGAUGGACAGCGUCGUCAACUGCGGCAAGCCCGUCGUGCUCGUCGGAGCUAUGAGGCCCUCGACUGCCAUCUCCGCUGAUGGCCCUGCCAACCUCUUGGAAGCCGUCACCCUCGCUGGAGAGCCCGACGCUCGGGACCGAGGUGCCCUCAUCGCGCUCAACGACCGUAUCGGAAGCGCCCUCUACACUCAGAAGAACAAUGCCAACACCAUCAAUACCUUCACUGCUGUCGAGCAGGGUAACAUCGGAGGGUUCUUGUCUACCAAGCCGUUCUUCUACUACCCUGCCGGUCAACCGACUUUCAAGGAGACUUUCGACAUCAGCUCGGUCAACGAGCUCCCCAUGGUCGAUGUUCUCUACGGCCACCAAAGCUUCGACUGGAAGCUCAUCCAGGAGGCUAUCGACAACGGAGCCAAGGGAAUCGUCAUUGCCGGUACCGGAGCCGGUUCUUUGAGCGACCUUACCAUCAUCGAGGUUGAAAGGUUGCUUAAGCAAGGCUUCCCCAUCGUCGCUUCUACCAAAAUCAACGAGGGUGCGGUACCUGCCGGCCGAGACUGGAUCUCUGCCGGUUUCCUUAACCCGGUCAAGGCCAGGAUCAGGUUGCAGCUCGCCAUUGCCACCGGUCUUGACAUGAACGGCAUCAGGGCCAAGUUCGAGAACACCCUCGUCGGUUACCUCGACAAGUGA